AUGAAGACGGAGAGACAACAAAGCUUUGUAUUGCUGGGUCUAUAUAUUUUACCUGCUGCCUGCGCCGAUAUCAAACUCCUUGUCCUUGUCAUCUGCCAAAGAACUGCUCUUUCACCAGCUGUCUCAAAGCUCAAGCUCAAGUCCAAGCUCAAGUUCAACAUCACCCCAAUCAAGGCUGCCCGAGAACGAAGAACUCGAGUCGGUUCCCCCAGUCUUCCACAGCCAGCCGCGAAUCCUUUCAGUUCUGUGGGUACGGAUACAACUUCUUCAUCUGCUUUCACAGCUCCGUCAAACGGAUUCACUUUCGGACAGUCCCAGGGCUUCUCACGGCCUGCUACAGCCACGGGAACCUCAAACAACAUACCGUCUGCGUCCUCUAGCUUUGAUAACAAUCAAAGCAACACUCCCGGAACUUUUAAGCUCUUCGGUAGCCAGACUACUUCCGCACCUCCUUCAUUCGAUUUCUCAUCAAACAACGCUCAGCAAGUAAGCAAUCCGUUCAGCAACAUGAGCUCCAACCAGAACACCGGUUUCCAGGGUUUCAAAGGAAGCAUGUUCAAUAUCCCCGGAGCUUCUCAGCCUGAGAACAAGAAACCUGAAAACCAGCAAAACGGAACUAGUGGUUUCUUUGGACAGCCUCCUGCGCAGACCAGUGCUCCUCUCUUUGGUGCUACGCCAACCACGUCUGCGCCUCUUUUCAACUCAUCUGCUGGCCCGAACAUGUUCGGACAGAGCAACAACAACAACCCUCCUACCAAUAUCUUUGGCUCUGCUACAAUGCCCAGUCCUACCAAGUCUACUGGUGGCGGCGAGGCAAUGCAAAUGUCUCCAGAUGGUCCAAAGUCUACAGCUGGUCAAGCCAUGUUUAAUGUCUCUGCUCCAGCCCCUCCUAUCUUCAAACCUGCCUUCUCAAGCCCUUCCACUGGGUCUGGAUCUAUCUUCAAUCUGGGAGGAACCCCCGCAACCACAUCUGCUGCAACUCCAGCAUUCUCCUUCAACCCAACUGCUAGUGCCCCUGCCCCGCCCGCAUCUUCUGGUAGUUCCACAUUGUUUGGUGCUUCUAAGCCCGAGGAAUCAAAGGCUGCUCCCGCUGUCAGCUCUGGUAAUUUCAUGUUCGGUGCUUCUGCUUCUACUCCCACCUCCACUCCUUUGUUUGGACAGCAGAAGCCAACUGAGGCUCCCCAGGCCACCACUACCGCUGCUGCUCCAGCCACCACUGCCUCUACCACCCAACCACCCAGCAUUUUUGGGGCAAACCCUUCUUUCUCUACUGCUCCUUCAGGUGGCUCGCUGUUCAGUCAUCUAGCUCAGCCGAAUAAUUCAGCGGCUUCUGCUUCUGCCGCAAAUGGAACCUCCUCUAUUUUCAGCAACCUGGGUCAGCCAAAGCCUGAUGCUACUCCCUCCCCUACGAAGGAAACCAGUUCUCUCUUUGGCAACCUAGCUCAGCCAAAGACAGAUGCAGCGCCUGCUCCCGCAAAAGAAACCGGUUCAAUCUUCGGUCACCUUGCUCAACCAAAGGCCGAAACCGUCACCUCCCCAGCAAAGGAAUCCCCUCCUUUGUUUUCCGCUCCCAGCACCUCCAAACCUCUGUUUGGUGCAGCAUCAACGACUACAGCUCAGCCUACCACCCAGCCUGCCUUCUCCUUCUUCGGGCAGACUACCAAGCCAGCUGAGAGUCCAAAGCUUGCUACGGCUACCACUGGAGGACAGACUCCUUCUAUCUUCGCCACCCCUUCCUCAAACUCUAUCUUUCAAGCUCAGCAACAGCCUACUGCAACUCAGACUGAAAACAAAACCCCUACCCAGUCUGCUCCAAUGUUCGCUGCCUCUACCAACAUCCCCCCGGUUACUCAGCCAAAGCCAAUGUUCACCAAUUCUGUGAAUGCUGGCACCUCAGGUGCUUCUAAACCGUUAUCACCAACCUUUGGAGCUGCUCCUGUUCCUGCUCCAGCUGCUCCAGCUGAAGCUCCUGCUCCACCAAAGCCAAGAUAUGUAGACGCUUCCACUGAGACUGUCUUUGAAGCUUCAGUUACCAUGGUGAACUUCCGUCCUACAGAAGCUGAAUACCCGCCAAAUGCUACGCCAGAAGUUCGUGAGCAAUUCCUUCGUCUCUGGCGUCUCUCUGCUCUCAAUGCCAGCUUCCAAGAAGAGAUUGCCUCUGUGAACUGUUGGAGUCAAGACCUUGAUCCUAUCAUCGGUCGUUAUGUCAUGCUUCGCAAGUUGAUUGGCCACCCUCACCCCAUUGUGACCCAAUAUAUCCCAGCUACCCCGGGUAGUAAGCUUCCAUGCAAGCCACUACCACCUUUCUCCGAUUACGAUGCGGAGUAUGAGAGAGAGCGUGCCCAGGCAGCUGCUAAAACUUCUGUAUCGAAUGCUGAUGCAGCUCCUUCUGGGCCGCCUGGUGUGUCACAUAAACGAAAAGCAUCUGACGCAGGAGAAGAGGAGUGUACUUCAUCCGACAAGGCCGGCAAGCGGACCAAGUUCGGUGCAAACAAAGAAAAUGAUAGCGGCGAUAAAACUGACGAGGCUGGCGAAGCAACUCCGUCCAAGACACUCUCCCUCUUUGCCAACUCCUUUGUUGCUCAAAAAUCUCGUGUUUCGGCUGCAGAUGGUGAUGAUGAAGCUGAUGCUGAAGCUGAUGCCGAUGGUGCUAGCUCCGAGGAAAGCGAAGAAUCCGAUGAAGAGGAGGAGUCGACUGACGCUGAAAAGCAGGAAGAAAAGACCACUACUCCUUCUGUUUCUCCUCCCUCAACUUCAAAUGGCGGUGGUCGCAGCCUUUUCGACAGAGUUCAGCGAGACGAGAACGGUCAGCCUAUCCGCCAGGUGCAGGCUGAUGAGCUUCACGAGGAAGCUAAAUCUUUAGCCAACGAGGCUAACGAGCUUGCUUCUUCUGUCAUGGGAGGUUCGAGAACUGGUUCUCCUUUCAAUGCUGGAUCGUUAACCCCUCUCACCGGUUCAACAAAUGACCUGGAUAGUACUCGUUCUCCAUCUCCCAUUGAUCCGCCAAAGGCUAAGACAUCUACACCAUCCAUAUUCGCCAAUCUUGCUCCUAGCGGGUCAUCUAAUAUCUUCGGUGCCAGCAAUUCUUUCACAUCUACAUCCUCCGCUGGCGGGUCCAAGCCAACUACAACCUCCAACAUUUUCGGCGCACCGCCAUCAUCCGCCUCGGGUUCUGCAGCUGGCGGCUCUGCUCCAGCAACCAGCAUCUUCGCUGCUCCAUCUCCUACUUCUACUCCGCCACCAUCUAAUAUCUUUGGCGCACCUCCAUCUACCUCUGCGCCGGCACCGACUAGCAUCUUUGCAACCCCCUCGUCCGCCCCAACUCCGACCAGCAACAGCUCUCUCGCACCACCGACAACCAACAUAUUCGGCCACCUGAAACCUGGCAAUUCCUCCGCUCAGCCAGGCUUGUCUCCAUUCCCACUGUCCGCCGCUACAUCUGUCGACCCCAGCCCAGCCCAGUCUGAUACAGACGCCACCAACGAUCCAAGUGAUGAGGUGGAGAAGCAUGCACAGGUUGACUUUACUCGCAGCGGACCUGGUGAAGAGGAUGAGGAUGCAGUCUUCGAAUGCCGCUCUCGUGCCUAUCAGCACAUCAACGGUCAAUGGGAGGUCAAGGGCCUCGGGGUUCUCCGCAUCCUCAAACACCGCACAAACAAGAAAUCUCGAAUUCUUCUUCGUGCCGACCCUAGUGGUUCUGUUGUCCUCAACACCAAUUUGAUGCCUGAAAUUGACUACAAGCAGAAUGGGACUGGUGUCCAGUUUAUUGUUGCUUCCGAGUCAGGCUUCCAGCACUGGUUGCUUCGUGUGAAGACUGCUGAAGGCGCCUGCGAGCUGAGAAAUUCUAUGGAAGAGCAUAAGAAGAGAGAUUAA